GUUUGGCAGACCUGUAAACAUAUGAACAUGGCGACAGUCACUUCACUGGUAAAAGUGUCUCGAUUUCCUCAAUUAUUUCUAAAAAUUUUCCGUUACUCAAGGUCUUUUAAAUUCAUUCACUCUAGAAUCGUCCGCCUCCUCAUUUACAAGGAAAUCUGGUUUUUCACAGCACUAGCAAGCUCGGAAUACCUCGUUCGAAGCGAGGUUUCUUUGUGGUAAGCAAAUGAACCGUUGCGUUAUGAAACUAAAAUAAACUUCAUACCGAGUCUGUUUCCGGGUGUAAUAUGACAUUUGUUGCCAAAAUCACUUAAAUCAAGUGAUAAACGGAUGAUCUAAACACACUUUUAAGAAGCUAUUAAACAUGAAAAUGAUUAGCUAUACAGUUGCGGGCAAGUUGUGCAAUUCUCUCAGCUACAGCUGUAUGUGUGAGAAAAUGAAACUGGUCUGAAGUGACAUUUGAUCAAAGUUCAGUUUUGGCGUAAAGGUAAAGGCUAUUAUGAUCGAUACGUUUUCCCUAACUAAAUAAAGAAAACUGAUAGAUGAUUCUUUGUCUGCUCAAUGUCUACAUCUGCAGAGAAAACUUUUUAUCCAUGCGGCACUUUUUUGAUGCUGUGAUUACUGCAUGUUCUUAUCUUAUAUUUCGUCCAUUGACAGCUUCUGGAGACAGUGAUAUAUCGAUAUGAUAGUGAGAGCAGUUAUUUUAAAAGACAGAGGUCAACGAAAGAGUUUGAAAUACGUCUAGAUGAGGUAAGGACGAUAGUAAUAAAUGAAUAUUGUGCGUGUACAUGUAUAUAACUGAAUUAUUUUGUUGGCUCUCUACUCUCGAUUUAAAUGUUCUUAAAACAUAGCCUGGAGUCUUAACGUCUUAUUGAUGCUGACAGUUUCGCAGUGAGAAGCCUGUUUAAGGCUUCUGACACUUUUAAUGUUUUUCAAGUUUUGAAAAAGAUGGCUGACAGUCAUCGAAACUGUCAGCAUCAAUAAGACGUUAAGACUGGCUAUGUUUUAAGAACAUUUAAAUCGACUGUUUAACUUCGCUUGCCUGAUGAAUUUCUUCAAGGCUCUCUACUCUGAUGGAGUUAAAAGAAAAAAAAAUAUAUGGAGACAUAUUUUAAAGUUUCCUGAUCAUGACUCCUGACUUAUUAUAAACACUUGGACUUCGAUAGCUAACAAUAAAUUAUUAAUGCAUUGAGAUCAUACAUGAUUUAUUUCAUAUACAUUUGUCGCAUAGAGAUCAUGUUAGCCCCUGGUCAGGUAAACUAACAUAAAGGACAAGACCAACAAAAAACUCGCCACAAUCUAAGGGCAUAAACCCUGAUUAGUGCUCUCACUACUAUGACACCUUUGCUCCUCAAGGUAUUUGAGAUUAAUAAUAAUUAUUAUUCAUUCAAAAUAUUUUCCCAAUUCUGAUUGGCUAAAAGCACGUGCAUAAUUCACCAUAACCAGUUACUGAUGACCAAAUUUGGAAGAAUUUUGUGUUUAACAAGGAAAUGAUGUCAAAAAUCAGAUCUCGGAGGGUGUUAUCCACCUAGGCCUUUGGCCUCGGUGGAUAACACCCUCUUCGAUCUGCUUAAUUCUUCAUAUCCUUCUCAGCCUCAAUCAUUAAUUGCUAAUUAGCUGGCUGCCAUUUAUACAGAAAUCAAGCAGCCAAUUUCAUUUGAAGUCUAAUCGAGCCCAUUAAGUUAUUUUGUUGUUGUAGUCACUUGCAAAUUUAAUGUAAGAGAUUCAUUUUUUUAAAUUAUUUUCCUGUACUACACUAAUGCCCCCUCCCCUCCUACCCUUCCACAGUUGGUAGAUGGACAUUUGAGCCUGAAAUUGACGGUGUAAUUCUUGCUGUUUUUCUGUUUAUUUUAAUUGAGGUGUGUGAAAUCACAGAAGUUUUGUUCCCAAGUAAACAGUACAAGAAUUGCAGCUUCGGUGUGACUCUCAGUGAUUCAGAUACGGAAUAUGUUUUCUCAGCUGAGGUACUUAUCCGGCCACUUAUGCAGGUCUUUCCUAAGUGUUGCGCCUUCAUGUGGUGGGGGGGUUUGCACGCCCUGAGGAUUCUGGAGACUAUACCAGCUGAAACCUUGGUCCCUGGUGGGUUUAACCAUGCUGAGCACUUAAAAUUAAAGACAGAUUGGACAGCUAAGGUUUACGAAUUUAUUUGCCCAAUAUUUCGACUAGACAAAACUAGUCUUCAUCAUGGCUGGAAAAGCUAAGUGAGAACAGAAUAAACAGUUACAGUAUAUGAAAUAAUACAUAAAUAAAAAACAACUAAUGUGAUUGGUGGAGGAAUACAAUAGACAAAAACUUGUAUAAAGAGGUUACAUAAAAAUAUAUGUCAAUAGAUUAAAUUUCAUCUCGUCUGCCCCAUCCCAUAGGGUUCAAUUGUUUUGCCUUUAGAUAUCAAAAAAUCCUUCGCGGGCCAUUGGGUGAAAGGCCAGAUGAAUUACAACGCCUGGCCCUCCAGGUUGGGGGUUAGGCAACAGGUUAAUGCCCCUCUGUAAAAAAAAAUAUCAUUACCGAAACUAGAUACACUUCAAAAAGGUGUUGAGGCCUUAUGCGUAAGGGAGUGCAAAGAGGCAGUCAGAUAGUGACAUAUCAAGCAGAAAAGUUUACCAAAAAAUUUUACCAGACCAUUCUGGUGAAAUUUUAACAUCACAAUAUUAACAGUACUAAAUGCAAGCAUUUAUGAAUUUACAUGUUGUCUCCAUUCCCUGUCUACUGAGUUGCUGAUUUUGGCAAAUCUUGGAUAAGUGGGCAUGGCUCUGUUUAAAUAAAAGGGGGCCAACAUUCCUUUAAUACAUUAGUUAAGGGAUCUCUCUGACUUUGACAUACAUUGUUAUGGUACUAGCUCUAGACCUAUAAAGAAAUUAAUUGUACAUAAUACUGACAAGGUGGCCCUUUGUUAUUGUAAAUGAAGUUGCUUAGUGGUAUAUUUAAUUAAGUUUAUUAACAAGGAAAUUUUACAAAGUGCUUUUAAUAAAACCAACCUUUUAUUUUGCUGUAUUAAUUGUCUUUUUCAAAUUUAACUUUGAAAUUUACGCUGUUUGCUUGUUAGUCCAGGGAAGAAAUGGAACGAUGGGUCCAUGGUCUCAGAAGAGCAAAGGAAUUCUGGGCGCAGCACUAUAGACGGGAGGAAGUCAAGCUAACGUUCAGACAGAACCUAACUCAUCUUAAUCAAACAUUUUUAGUGCAUAGUGAAGCACCAAAAUUGGUAAGGCUUAAUAAACUGACUUUGGUAAAUCCUUAAUAUUUAACUGGGCUGGCCAAAGGCUGGCCCAGUUCAUAAAAUACCUUUGAUUUUCUCUCAGGCGAGGGGGGGUAUUCCUGGUGAUUCGUGUGGGAGUGUGCCUGACAUAUGUGUCUGACUCUCGAAAUCCUGACCCUAGACCCUAUUUCAGACCAAUACCUAUAAGGCAAAUGUAAGGGAGUACCCCCCUCCAGGAUGUUUGUGUCAAAAAAGGAAUGCUACUAAUAAUUAACUUAGUAAUCCAGGGGGGGUAUUCCCAGGAAUUCGUGGUGGGGGUGAGUUGUCUGGCUGACUUUGGUUAAUCCUCAAUAUUUAACUGGGCUGGCCCAAGGCUGGCCCAGCUCAUAAAAUACCUUUGAUUUUCUCUCGGGGUGGCGGGGUAUUCCUGGGAAUUCGUGGUGGGGGUGUGUUGUCUUGCUGUCCAAAUCCUGACCUCAGACCUUAUUUCAGAUCAAUACCUAUAAGGCAAAUGUAAGGGAGUAACCCCCCCCCCCUCUCCAGGAUUUUUGUGUCAAAAAAUGAAUGCUACUAAUAAUUAACUUAGUAAUUCUGGGGGGGGGGUAUUCCCGGGAAUUCCUGGUGGGGGUGAGUUGUCUGGCUGUCCAAACCCUGACCUUAGACCUUAUUUCAGAUCAAAACCUAUAAGGCAAAUGUAAGGGAAUACUCCCCAGGGGAUUUUUGUUGUCAUGAUUAUGAACACCAUCUAUUAUUAACUUGGUAACGAAAAAGCAUGUUUAAAAGUGAAGGCCCCCAUGGCCCAAUCCCCAGUGGGUUUAGCUCAUGACGUUCAUGUGUCUUAUAGUCUGACUGUUUUAUGAUGAAACUAAUUUUUGUCAGUAAUGGAAGAUGCAAAAAAUUGCCAGCAGAAACCAUGCUUUGUCUCAACUUCAAAAUCAAAAGUAUUUUAAUUUUUGGGAAAUGUGGGGCUACAGCAUAGCAGAUGUAGUAAUUAUGGAUCUUUUAAGGUUUCUGAGAAACUGCCCACCUACCCCUCCCCUAACCCAACAUUUUGCCCUAAGUGAGAAGUGUUAAUGUUUACUUAGGGGAGGGGUAGGUGGGCAGUUUCCCAGAAUCCUAAUUAUCAAGAUUUCCAUAGGUUCUGUGUCAAACAGCAACAGUAAUAUUUUGGGAACAAAAUUAUCACAUCUGUUUUCUUCUAGGAGCACAACAUUUUCAGCACAUUAGAUGGAGAACAGUACGUAUAUAUACCAGCAUGUAGUUCAUUUUAAAUCAAUUUUUUCAUUUUAACAGCAUAAUGUCAGUGGAAGGACUAGUUUAAGUGCCCAAUUAAUUCUUGGAUGCAUGAAUUAUUCAAUUUAAGGAACGAAUUUUCGGCAGGCACUUUGAUAUGCAAAUGUGUUACUCAUUCACUCACUAUUGAGCAGGCACUUUUUAAUUGGUGGUACAGUAUUUAUAGUCUGCCCCAAAUAAAAGGACCUCAGCUGUGUGAUAUCAAAACAACAACAAUUGAUUGUUGUAGUCAUCAAUCGAAUGUCCGUCAGAGGGAACGGAUGGUAGUGUAAUAAAGAAAGCAAUCUACAUGUACCCCAAACCAGUUCAACAAUUAACAGGAAGUUUUUGAAACAGAGCACAUAUUUAGUAACAUGAUAUUUGGAGGGUCAUGUAAAAGAGCAAAUACCUUUACUUGAGGAUAUGCAAAGAGUGUGUUGGUGUGUGUUUCUUUCUUUGAAAGGUAGUCAGUGUUGACAAGCAUUCAAGUCUUCUUUCUGGUCACUUAAUGGUAGCAGGAGUUUUUCUAAACAAACUAUUCACGGAUGAGUUCCUUGAGUUUCUCCUUAUUUAUUUUCUUUUGAUAACUUACAACUUAAUGGUGUUCAUUCUUUCUUUUAUCAGUAUUGCCCAGGUAAUAGUAACCACAUGGGAUGGCAUUCUGCACAAGCUCCUUCUUCCAGUUGUCUUUGAUGCAGAAGAGCUUCUGUCAGCACUUAGUGGAAAGGUACAUUUGCAAAGAAAAGGAUUUGCCGCUUGUCCCACAUGCAAGCUUCAACAAUCCUCCAUGGAAAUCUGGACAGUAACUGAAAGUGGAACUGGUAAUUUCUCUCAAAGAUGAUUUUAAAUAAUUUUUAUAUUUGUAUAAUUAGGGUAGUCUCCCACACAGCUGUUUUAUCGUGUCAUGCAAUGCUCCUCUCCAAGGAACUGGAGGGGAGACGACUAGUGCAUGGCAGGACAAUACCCGCGGCUGCGUGGGAGACUGGAGUUAAGGUGGCUUGCCAUGGUUUCCAACAUUUUUAGCACUUCUGCUUCUAUUGAUCAAAUUAUUGAAUAGAAGUGACACUUUUUCAGUUUCAGUUUUUCACUAACAAGAAAUUGCCCAGUGUAAUUGUAAAACACGUUUUUGACUUUAGUAUAAAGUUAACGUAGAAACAGUAGAAAACUUGCCGUAAUUUUAUUUAACCACCUUUUUCCUCCAAGUUUCCCUCAAAUCUGUUCACAAAACUUUUGUUUUCUCCUCUUAGCAGUUAGGCACUGAUUUUUGUCUUAAGAUAAGCUUUUCAUCCAUAUGUGUUCACAAUAUCGGCGGUGAAAUUUACUGCUAGAGCCUCUCACAUUUCAGGAAAGAAAUUGGACCAUAAGCGUGAUGCAUUAGAUGUUUCAGUACAUGGGCGACACUUUUAUCUCUUGGUGCACAAUUACAAGGUAAAAUGUUUGUCUUUUUUAGACCUGUUGACAUGUUUGCGGCUUGUCAGGACAAGUCCUUCGAUUUCUCAAGUAGAACACUAGGAAUAUGCUACGUCUUCCCAUGGAUACGAAUAUGAUUUUAGUCUAACAAGAGUUUGAACACCAGUUUUAUAUUCCAUGAGAUGACUAGGACAAGUUGCUAAUAUGUAACUCCACCUGUUUUGAGUGUUAAUGAUAAUUAUAUGAAAUAAAUCACCACUGCGAUUUCUUCAUUUUCAUUCCACCUGUUUUGUUGGUAAUGAGGUAGCCUUGUGAUACAAGGUUAACUUGUUUGUAAGCAAGCAAGCAAAAAACAUUAAUUUUGUGGAAGAAUAGUUUGCACGAGAUAGAGACUUUCUCGGUGACAACCAACGACGACGGCGACGGCAAGGAGAACGGCAAAAAUUAAUAUGUUUAUAUUAAAAAACAACAACUUUGCACGUGCGUCACGCUUUUUGUACAUUUCUUUGCCGUCGUUGCACCACUACGACAUGAAACUUCCUAAUUUCACGAGCCCGCUUUAUGAAGUAGGUAAACACAACCACAAAAAUUGUCUCUUUCUUUUUCUAAACUUAGAUAACGAUAGAUACUGUCCCAAAGAAAAUUUUGCCAAGAUUUGCUAAAGUUGAAUAAGAUCGGUGAAGUUUGAAAUAGUGCGAAUAGACUUUAAAGUGACUUUGUCGGUUUGUUGUCAUCCAAAAAUGUUGCUACCAUGGCAACGUGACGUAACGACUUCUCCUCUCUAUUCCAACCAGAUUUAGCGCCAACCAUCCCCCAUUUCUGCAAAACCACACUCCUGACCAGCAACUGGGCCACAAUACUCGUCAAAAAUCUUGACUAACACUUGUGUGUCGUUUUCCCCUUCCCCAAAUUUGAUUUGGAUAUUACAGUCGUCUCAGUGCUCCAAAGUACGCUUAGCUCAACAUUGCGGAAGGAGAGGGGCCCAUUUUAGUGAGAACAAAGGUGCAAAGAGUGAAUGUGGGAAAUUUUCGAGAAAAUUCAAGAGGAACGGUGUCCGUUUCGAGUAUUGGAGGUAACCAGGGUGUGGUUCAGACGAAAUAGAAAUAUUUAUUUGUGAAGAUUACUCGAGAGAGAUUUCAUAAAUGUCUUGCACAGUACAAGCAGAAAACAUCUGAGUGUCCGGUGAGAAAGAAACGGUUUGGGACUCACUCACUGAUUUUAUUUCCGUUCUAUGCAGCUGCUGAUAGUACACUUUGAAGAUGGCACAUUUCAAGUUCUUCCUUGUUUGGUUUCCUUAAGAGCAAAGGAGGUACACAUGUAUAAUGUAACUCUUUUCCAACUGCGAAUUCUUGUAAUUUCUAUAGUGAUCAAUUAACUAUCAAGUUUCCACUUAGCCUCGUUUUGAAAAUGAGGGUUUUUGGAAUUUGCAAAUGGUGUAUUGUCAGUUGCCUUCCUGUAAUUAACAAUUAUUCCUCGAGCCCGAAUGGGCUCUGAGUCAAUAGCCCAUGAGGCCGAAAGCCGAAUGGGCUAUUGACUCAGAGGCCAUGAGGGCGAGAGGAAUAAUUGGUUAAGUAAAAUCCAACUAGUUGGUCAAAAAUAUCGAGGCAAAACAACUUUAGCUAGCUAAAGAUACACUUUAAUCAUUUUUUGCCCGCCAAAUUGACGGCGCUCUUCGCUACUAGUGGGUUAUAACAUAUAGCCUAGUAGUAGCUCAACCAAUCAGAACGCAGCGUUGAUGAUAGACCACUAGUUGGAUUUUACUAAUAUACCAUAGUUUCUCCCUUUUCUAUUUGUAAAAUUCUUAUUUUUUUUACCGGUAAAUGUGACAAUGUUUUUCCUUCUUCUCGCUUGUACUGUAGGUUCCCUAUCUUCCAGUUUUUGCUGACAAGCUGUCAUCUCUUGGUUUAAGUAAUUUUGGUCUGUUUCUUAUUAGCGAUUCAGGAACAGGUAAGUAAGUAAUGAACACAUUCAUCAAUAAGCAGGAAACGUAGCUAAACACUGGCAGACUAGAUCGAAUAAGCCCUCGAAAAAGCCACGCAUUUGGGACAAAAAAGUUAAUAAAGGCCACCCCCCAAUAAGUGUGUGUAAAGCGCGAGUCUCCUUUCUCCCUUACCCCCUCGCUUUUUUGCACGCUACUUGUUGCGUACACCCUAGUUUGCGUUUAGAAAAGAAAAACGGCAGUCUGAAAGUCUGAAUACACGAGGGAGGGGUUGGCUGUACGCGUCGGCUUUGAUAUCAUAAUAACUAUUAAUCUUUCUCGACUGGUACUUUUUUCUUUCUAGCUUUCCCCUUCGACCCAGAGGAACAACCUUUGAAACACUCAUUUCAAGGUGAUUACAUAUGUACCAUGGAUCAUAAUCUUGUCACAAUGAGUUGCAACACCUUAUUUAAUAGAUUAAAUUUUAAAAAGGUAAAGAAAAGUCUGCGUUCGAGCCAAGUGGCCCUUCAGGGCGGAACUUACCCAGGUUUCAACUAGGAAUAUUAAUUUAGGCUGAUUUAGCAGCAGAACGGGAACGUCAGUUGACGACAGGAAAGCGCGCGGAAAGGACUAAACGCGACUUUCUGUGCCCAAUUUGCCGCUCUGCCAUUGGUCAAGCCAGUUGUUUGAUUUGCGCGCGCCGUCGUCAACUGACGUUCCCAUUCUAAAUCAGCCUAAUAGCGAGUUUAAGCAAAGACGUUUUUGAGCAACGCAUUUCAACCGGAAGUGGACUUUUUGCGAUAUUCGCCGGUUGUUUCGCCUAAAUUUUUGGGCAAGUCGUCUCUAUAAGAGCAAUGACACUAAACAUUACGAUUCCCUUCCAAUAUAAUAAUGCAGUUUCAACACUCAAGUACAUCAUUUUGUAACCAACAAAACAUAGCGCUUAUUAAAUUUAGUUUGAAAGGGGCCGUGUCACGCUAUUUACCAUCAUUUUAAAAAGCUGUCUUAGUGUCAAGAAGCUAGAGUUGCUCUCGGCUACGCCUCGAGCAACUCUUACGCUUCUCUCGUACUCUCCAAACUUCCCGCGUGCAGCCGUAACUCGAAGUACGCACCCUAACCCACGCUAACAGUCGAUAAUGAAGUGUCUGCUCUAGUGAGGUUGACUUUCUACGAAAAUCUGUUCAUUGGGCAAGAAAGAAGUGUCCGUUGUCCGCAUUAAGCGUGUUGAAUGUAGAGAAAUUGUAAGGGCUUUCUCCAGGGACAAAGAAAAACUCUCCUUAAUAACUCUCCGUAUUAAGCGGGUGUUCGUAAUACGGGGUUUGACUGUAGUUUUGUUCAUUUUCAUUUUAUAUUUCCCUUCUCGAACUGUGUAGGGAGAUUCCUUCUGAAAGAAAGAGUGUUAACUGCUUCCUCGCCUGUGUCUCCCAGUGGUCUGGAUAUACAAAUACAGCAGGUACGUGGCUUAGCUCCUCUCAUGAGUUCAAUCAAUCAUUUAUUUAAACACGAGACAUAGUGAUCGUAAAAGGAAGGCUCGUUACAAAAAUGCUCGUGUUUCUAUAGCAAUAACUUAAAUCUAACUAAAAAUGAAGAACAUUAAAUUUAACAACUCGGAAAACUAACUCAAUAGAGCAGAUAUUGCAGCGACAUUCGUCUUGGUCCAGGUUCAGUUCUUUGAGCUUGGUAACGAAAUUCUUAAGAUCGGAAGCCUCCCUAAAAUGUCACCAUUCAAGCCAUGCUCUUUAACAACUAAGAACAGUUUAUUGUAAAGUGGUUUUUAAGAAAGUGUUCAGAGUACUUUUGUGACUAUUCUUGCUUUCGUGAUUGGCAUCACCUCACUUUUCGAUUGGUUCAAAAUUCUCGCGCCAUUUUUCAACUAAUUGGAAGUAACAUUAUAUCAAACACUUCCAGCUUGCUUACAUGCUUUUCCUGGGUUUUUCUCCGAAAACGUGUAUUAAGAGGGGUUCAUUUGAUUACUAACUCGGAAUGUGAUUGGCGGACGUAACAAAUUUUUAACCGCUAUCGCUUUGCAACCCGGGUAGAAAGAUGAACCGGGGUAUCGAUUGUGUUUUCAAUGUAAAACAAAAGGCGGUCCCGAAGGAUAGAAGGGUUUGGUGGGAUUGCCUGCGUCGCAGACGCUCUAAACCUUCUGUAUAGAGCGUCUGCGAAUUUGUGCACAAUAUCGUGUUCGAAUUCAGCAGGGUCGCAAGGACAUAUGUAGGCGUUUUGAUUGGCUUUUUCUUACGCGGUUUGUGAUUAGUCCGAUGUGAAUUAAGUGUUGACAGGCCGAACACGACUAAUAGCUCGUGACAAGAGACGGAUUGAGCUUGUGAUAGUGUGAAACGUGACCUUAGAGUCAGCUUGAACAAUAGAGGUUUUUCUUGCUCUCUGUUUGCGUAGUUUAUGCAGUGCAUGGAGUAUUUGCCGCUUUGAGUCCCACAUUUAGAGGUUAUGAAGCUGGUCUGUUCCAUGCAUAUUGAGUAAUUAGUUACCGUGGUUUAUGUUUCGGCAAAUGUUUUCUGACAGGAUUUGAUCGUGGAUACAGUUUCUGUGGCUAAAUAACCUUGGUCUCUUUGGUUUUAUCCUAAAUGCCUGGACUUGAAUAGCUACAUGUGUGUACUUUUUUUUUUUUGGCCGUGAAUAUCAUGAUUUCCUACUUUGUUUUGACGCUAGAACUGCUCUUUCAUUGUUUACUGUAAACGAUCCUUGCCAACUCCCUUUUAUGAAUUUUGACACGUCACUGCGCUCAGCCGUCACGCAGAUGUAAGAAGCCGUCACGUAGAUGUAAGAAUUAGGCCAAUCGUGAGGCGCAUAAGAAACCCGUAAGAAAACUGCUUAUCAGAAACGCUCACAUAUGUGAUUGUCCUUGCGACUCUACAGGAUAUUAGAACGAGCUUUUGUUCACUAAUUCGCAGACGGACUAUAUUGAUGGUUUAGACGAGUGCGUGGGCCGGCUGCAACACAGGCUAAUGAACUGAGAUCCAGCGUUGAGCUAAUUAUAUAUGUAGGGCUACCAAUUCCAGAUUUCGUUUGUGUUGCAUCAUGUUGUUAGCCGCUACUGCUAUCCAUUCCGAAAAGUUGGGAAUCUAGUAUUUUUUGUAUGAUAACUUGAUUUUAAUUGUAAAUAGCUCUUUGGCAUACAUGUACCUGUGAGUUAGCUGGUGAAGUUUUCUUUUUUAACUAACCCAUGUAGCUAAGAGUAUGCGCCACUUGAAAUAAAGCAUCUUAUCCUAUCUUAGAGCUACAUGCAUCAAGGCGUGCAAUUUAAACAGGUUAAACCCUGGCGCUAUUUAUUUGUUUCAUUUCAUUUUGAGGAAUGGCUUCAAGGCUUCGCCUUGAAAGGUUUGGUUUCAGUUAAAAGGCCUUACAUAGUUAAUUGCUACUAAACUUCCCUGAGACAACUCCCAGAAUGGCGGAAUACUGGAAUUUGAGACCGUUGCUUAUUAUAGAAACUACUCAUUUUAUUGAAAGAAUUCCUUUUUUUACCUUCUUCUUUUUCAGCGGAAAAAAGUACUGCAGAACAUGAAGAAUAUGAAAGCGUUGAAAAAACUGGAGCGACAACAGUGUAAGCAAAAUAGUGCAUUCCCUUUGAAAAAAACAAAGGAAACAGCGCUCAACCUAUCUGGAGAUCUGAUGUUUCACUUUGACCAUUACGACGUGACUGAUGAUCAAAACGAACCUCAAGUAAACAGAACUAAACACACAACUCAAAAUGGAGAUUCGCACAUAUGUAGCUCGGUGGAUUUUAAUUCAGUUGGACAAGUGAACAGAGAGACCACUGACAUUGGCAAUUCAUCUGAUAUGUCUCAAAAACUAAGCGCUUCUUGUUUGCCACAAAUGUUGAGUGACCCAGUGCUCGCAGAAUCUUUGGAGCUAUCAAAGAGCCCCCCUAAAAUGGAGUUUCCACACGGACGCAUGAAAAAGGAACACAGUUACCCAUCUGUGCGUGAAGGUUUGUGUAAAGAUGAUUGUACAUUGCCAAUGAGAAUCGGAGGUGAGCCGUCCUUAACCGAUGGUGGGUGUGUGGAAUCUAUUGUUACUGUAGAAGGCUUAACUAUAAAAGGCAAAGAAACAAACGUUCAAACUCAUGAUGUGGCAAACGGUGAAUCUGUGAACCACCAAAACAGCGAACCUACAAACGAAGAAAAUGUUUCGUUCGAAAGGCACACCUCUGUCAUUAAGGAAGAUACUGUUGCGGUAACAAAUGAUACCAGUGGAGGUGAGUCGAUCAGAAAUCAUUGCUUUGAGCGAAUUGGUGGAGGUACUACGUCACAGUAUACAAUCAAAGGGGAACCACUUACCGAAUGCCAUCUUCCGGAUGACAAAACUGUGGCAGCAAACACUAGCAGCGACGAUGAUGCGUCUGUCGAAAGCUACUUCUCUGCCGAAGGAGACGAGAUAUCUUCGCAAAAUGUGGGCAAUAAUAGCCUGACAGGUGCAGCAUGUAAUGAUAGCAACCCAGCUUUAGCUCAGAAGACCUUAUCGCACAAAGCGAUUAAUGCAAACCUAGGAAGACCAACAGGCAGCAUUGACGUCCAGAACGUUUGUAAGGAGCGACCGCACCUUGUGAUCCACCAGUGUGACUACACCAUUGUUGGUUCUCCUCGCGUUCUGGAGCUCGUGUUGAAAGUUUGUUCGGGUCGGAAAAUGGACGAAGAGGAAGUAGGCGAAGCAAAUACGUUUACAAAAAUUUGCCUUUCCGGUUGGCAUUUGCAAUGCGAGAAUGGGACUUGGUCUAUGGUAGAACGGGGCCGAGUCCCCUCGUUCAUCAAUGAGAGUGCUUCUUCUACUGUCAAAGUUCAAUUAACCCAAAAUCUUAAAGCAUUGUUUCAUAAAGAGGAGAAAUUAUGGACAGUAGUAGAGAAUGACCAUGUUGUCGAUGGAACUUUGGCUUUAACAGGUCCAGUGGAGGACCAAACUCUCAAUAGCGCAAUAACGAAAGAAGCAUGGCCCGAAAACCUGCGAAGCGGAUCCAACUCUAUCCUGGAUGUAUUUUUAUUGAAAGGUGAACCCCAAGGUGAUGCUACUUUUCACAGCGAAUCCGAAAACGUAAAUCAAAAGCAAUCUUUGCCUGUUACAUCGAAUAUCCCGGAUAAAUCCUCAAGAGAACAAAAAGGUGGGCACUCUGAAACCAACUACGAUGCCACUCACGUUUUCGAAAGCGGAGAAGGAAAAAACAAACCUGAAACACAUCCCAGAUUAGGUUUGUCUAAAUCAAACUCAAAACACUCCCCGGAAGAUGCCUUGCGUGCCGCCAUCCAAGGGAUUUUCGAUCAAAUGUCCAAGUUCGGUGGAACGCCGGAGGAAGCGCUUGAUGAUAGCAAACAUAAAGACAUUGUUGAAGGUGCUUGUGAACCACUGUGCAAGGCUCUCUGGAAUAUACUAUCAGUAGGGUUACGGAGAAAGAACUUUCUUCGGAAAUACACACUGUGGAAUGUGGUGGAAAAUUUCAAAGAUAUUUCCAGUCACGUGACUAAGAUUGUAUCCUGGGUUAACAAAAGGUACGUAUUUCUUAGUGAACCUCAAAAGUUCCAAGCGUUUGUUUGCGAAUGCCUCAACAUUGGUCAUGGGACACUACAUCGGUGGCUGGAUAGUUUUUUAAGACAAAAGGAAAGACUUGGUAACUAUUAUGGUGAAACCGCUCUAGUGUUUCAGCUGCCCCCCGCAACUCUGGACGAACUUGUGGUUGAUUUAUCAAGAGUUAGUUCUUUACCAUUCCAACUUCAUUCUGAAAGUUGGAUAAAGAGGCACCAUCACGACCAAGAUAGCCUAGCUUUCGCGUUUGAAUAA